AUGGAUUCAAGGACCGCGCUCUGGAGCUUUUUUCGUAGCAGUGAAAACAACGUAAUCGAAGCGGACGGCGACAACGACACUGAAUGGGAAACCAGCGUCGGGAUGCUGACUGGGCUGUUCCAAGGGGGGCUCCCCUACGUUCAAGAACUAGCAGUUUGUGAUUUUCUUGGAGAAGGAACAUCUUUUUCCGUCUAUAACUGCGAGAGUAUAGGUCGCCACGGCCGUUCUCUAGCAAUUAAGAUGCCAAAGCAUCGGGGACAGCAGAACCAAAAGGGCGUUGCAACGACCACACUCCGCGAGAUACAGAUAAUGGCUUACGAGCCCCUUCGAGACAGCGCCCCCAUCGUGGAGGUUCAGGCAUACAUCUGGUUUCCGUUCGACCGAGUACCCUCCCUCAUCCUCGAGAACGCUUUCUAUGGAACAUUGGACAACUUCAUAUCAAGAUUCAUCUCCCACCAACCCGACGGUUGGACGCUCCGACAUCGCCUUUGCCAAGAUAUCGCACGAGGCCUUGAAGCUCUUCACAGCGAGGGAAUCGUUCAUGGCGAUGUGAAACCGCAGAACAUCCUAGUCAAAAACUCCUCAAGUAUAGAAAACGACCGAGAAUCAGUCGUCACUGCGCGCCUGACAGAUUUUGGUUCCUCAAGCUUCUGCUCAGAGAAUAAUGGGUACGAAUCGUACGUUGGAACACCGCUGUUCAGCUCACCAGAAGUGCUCGUAAACCUGUACGGUGACAGUGCAUCUGAGACACUUGAACGCGAAGAUUGGCCCAAGUGCGACGUGUGGAGCUUCGGCCUAACAGCUUGUUGCAUCAUUAGCUCGAGGGUCAAUUACUUCCAAGAUGAAUGGCUAUCCGCCGAAUUUUCGGAUCCUCCCCGACGGAUACCCUUUUUGCUCUCGCAAUCGCCAAGCUAUCUGACGGAAAAAGCAUGUGAACUGAUCGAGGCUGGUAUGGCGGAAGAGGCGACUCCAAGGAUAUCAGAAGAUUUGCGCACCAUCUUCUUAGAGCUUGUCAAAGGUUGUCUAGAGAGUGACAGACAUAAAAGAUAUUCUAUGCGCACGGCAUCAAAGCUGCUUGACAUCAGGAAAGACUUCCACCAUCCAAUAGCCAACUUUGAACCAUCUUUUUCGAGAAGCGCGCAAGAUCAAUACCUAUCCUGGAAUAUUGAAAGUCUCAUAUCAGUAAUAUGUCCAUGGCCGAUGAAAGAAUCUGUCUUUGAUGGGCUGCACUCAAUCUUACAACCAGUUCAUGAUGUCGACAUUUCUUAUCCACAUAUGUUCGGAAAGUCGGUCGUAGAGUAUUGCCACUCCACGCCAGAAAGCGACGCAUCGCACCGCUUAUUAAACCUUUCCGAAUGCUACGCAUAUGGAUAUGGGGUCAGUUUUGCGCCCGAAUUAGCGUCUGAACCCUUCUCUCAACUGCGCGACUCUGCGCUGAAGGAAUUAAUUGUCAGUCGACUGCGAUCCGCAACGAUCUAUGAUCCCGAACCCGAAAUGGACACAUAUUCGUUCUCAGAGUCUAUUCGCGAAUACCAGGUUGCGGCUGUAGCAAAGCGUGUCCAAUCGGUCCAAGGUAUUAGAAUUUCGUCAAAUACUCGGGAGUUCUCCCCUAUGGAUGUUCACGAAGCGGUUGAGGAUGGUUGCGCAUCUGUGCCAAAUACCCUCGAGGUUCUUGCAAUAAGAGGCACAUAUCUGCAGGGCCCACUUCACUUCGCUGCAUCGACGAACAAUACAAGAUUGGCGCAAACUCUUCUAGAUCGAGGUUACGACGUCAACUCAAUAGAUGAAGAGGACCGCACUGCCUUAUUUGAAGCAUGUUCUAUAGGAAGCGUUGAAAUGGCAUUACUCCUGCUGGAUAACGGGGCCAAAGCAUCACUUACUGAUGAUUCCAUCACAUCCCCUUUACAUCUACUUGCCUUUUUUCCACGCGAAGAAAUACCGAGGAUAGCGAGUCGGCUUCUGGAAGCCGGAGGUUCCGUAAUGGCGCGGACGAGACCGAAUUUCUGCUGGGGAAGCCCCUGGUACGGCGUCUUGCUUUCUGGGACUCCGCUUCACUUUGCAGUAGGCAUCCGUAACUUCACUGCUGUUGAGACUCUCCUUAAGCUGGGCGCGGAUCCAAACGCCCGCUGUCCUUGGCUUAGCAGUUUGGAUCUGGCGGCAUCGCUCUGUCUCCCUGAGAUAUGUGGGCUUCUUAUCAGGUACGGUGCUAGUGCUACGAAGCACUGGUUCAGCAGGUCGUCUCCGCUGCAUCAACUUGGUCUAGCCUCCUAUGCUUCCAUACACGCUAAGUGGAUGAUACAUGGUUCGGGCUAUAUUGGUGCCAUCAAUUCUACAAUUGAUCUGUUGCUAUCACACGGUGCAUUGAUCGAUGAAGAAGACGAACAGGCUUACGCGAACCUACAGGCCUACAAAAUUAGCUAUACGCCCCUAGGUCUGGCCGCAGCAAACCCCAGGACCGAUGUAGAUUUGCUCGGAUGUCUGCUAGAAAAGACCGUUUCCAUGAGAAAACCGAUCACCGUUGAUGUACUGUUUAGUGCGAUACAUUCGGCUAUGAACGAUCACCUGAAUGAUACGGCAUUCAAGAUGCUCUACGAACAUCCAAAACUUCCGUGGGCAGACAUGCCCGGCCACAAAAUUGCGCAAGCGAACGGGCAGACCAUCCUCCACGAGAGUGCGAAGAAGGACGCAUUAGCAGUCAUCAAGCAUAUCCUCGCGCAUCCAGACAUCAGCAUUGACGUUCUCAACAGAAUGGGCAACACCGCAUUGCAUAUCGCAUGCGAAUGGGCCUCUGAUGAAUGUGUCCAACUUCUGGUGCAGAACGGGGCGGACGUGAACAUGCCACGUCGCGAGGCGGUCUUGGACACCGAUUGCCUCUAUUAUAACCCGCUUGGGUUACUCCUCAAAGCUAAACGAGGGGACCUUCUCGCCUGGAUGCUCGAUCAGGGAGGGGACCCAUGGCUUGGAAGUACCAAUGAUAACCCGGCACCAACCUUAUUGCAUCUCGCCACCCAGAAACCGAUACUCGAACAUAUGGAAGCUCUCAUGUCGCUACCGCAGGAGGAGGCCUUUCUGGUGUUCUUGCUGGAAGGCCCUCAAUCUGACAUCUGGUACCGCGCGUUUGAACACCAACCCUCACUUCUCAACGCAGUGAGCCCACAAUUAGGCACCGCCCUCCAUGUGGCCGCCAUGUCUGGGGCACCAAAAGCGGUUGAAGCUUUACUUGAUCUCGGUGCAGAUCGCAACAUCAAAGACAACGAGGGGCGCACAGCAUUGGACUGCUUGACCGAGUUCUAUCGGAGGACGAGAGAAGACUAUUUGAUUGUUUCUCCUAACAUCCACGACUACGUCCAAGAAAUGAUGACACUAUUGUUUGAUAGCCACUCGGCUUAA